AUGGCAGCUACAGCUACAAAAAAUGCCAAGUCUGCGGACGGCAAGUUUGCCGAUAUGCAGAGAGAUACUAUUGAACUCAAUGACAAGGACCAUAUGACCACCGACUAUGGCAUCAAAAUUUCUGAUCCUGACCACUGGCUGAGGGUGGCUGACGAGAAGAAGACCGGUCCAAUGCUUCUAGAGGACCAAAUUGCCCGCGAGAAGAUUAUGCGCUUUGACCAUGAACGCAUCCCAGAGCGAGUCGUUCACGCCCGAGGCACCGGCGCUUUCGGUACAUUCAAAUUAUUCGAGAGUGCGGAGGAUGUCACCACCGCUGGCGUUUUGACUGAUACAUCGCGCGAGACUCCGCUAUUCCUGCGCUUCUCGACUGUUCAGGGUAGCAAGGGGAGCGCAGAUACAGUCCGUGAUGUGCGCGGCUUUGCUAUUAAAAUGUACACUGCGGAGGGAAACUGGGAUAUUGUCGGUAACAAUAUUCCUGUCUUCUUUAUCCAGGACGCGGUCAAGUUCCCGGAUGUUGUUCACUCGGUCAAGCCUGAGCCGCAUAAUGAGGUGCCGCAGGGCCAGAGCGCUCACAAUAACUUUUGGGACUUCGUGUAUAUGCAUUCGGAGACGACACAUAUGAAUUACUGGCAAAUGUCUGAUCGGGCCAUUCCACGAUCUUACCGGAUGAUGCAGGGCUUCGGUGUGAACACCUACUCUCUUAUCAACAAGGAAGGAAAACGCCAUCUUGUCAAGUUUCAUUUCACCCCUGAACUAGGCGUACACUCGCUAGUCUGGGACGAAGCCUUGAAGAUCUGCGGUCAGGACCCGGACUUCCAUCGCAAGGAUCUCAUGGAUGCAAUCGACGCCGGCCACUUCCCGCGCUGGAAAUUCGGUCUGCAACUUAUUCCCGAGGACAAGGUCGAUGACUUUGAAUUCGACCCAUUGGAUGCUACAAAGGUCUGGCCUGAGGAGCUCGUGCCGAUCCGAUAUAUCGGUCAGCUAGAGCUCAACCGCAACAUCGACGAAUUCUUCCCUCAAACCGAGCAGGCUGCUUUCUGUACAAGCCAUAUCGUGCCUGGUAUCGACUUCUCGAAUGACCCGUUGCUGCAGGGUCGCAACUUUUCCUAUUUCGAUACGCAGAUUUCUCGUCUCGGUCCGAAUUGGGAGGAAUUGCCAAUUAACCGCCCGGUUUGUCCUUAUAUGAACCUGGUUAAUCGUGACGGGUCUAUGAAGCAUCGCAUUACGAAGGGCACGGUGAAUUACUGGCCUAACCGUUUCCAUGCAAAUCCACCUGCCGAUGCCAGCCAGGGAGGAUUCACGAGCUACCCCGAGAAGCAGCAGGGAAUUAAGGCGCGCGCUCUAUCCGAGAAGUUCAAGGAGCAUUAUAAGCAAGCGCAGACCUUUUAUAACUCCCUUUCUGAGAUUGAGAAGCUGCACGUUGCCAAGGCAUUCUCCUUCGAACUAGAUCACUGCGACGACCCUAUCGUGUACAAGCGCAUGACCGAGCGUAUUGCGAUUGUCAGUUCCGAGCUCGCAGAAAUGGUUGCGACAAACGUGGGCGGCGAUAUGCCAUCCAAGCCUUCCAAGAAUCACGGCAAGAAAGCAAAGGGUCUCAGCCAACUCGAGUAUCUCCCCGAGAAACCAAUUAUCGACACACGCCGCAUUGCAAUCCUUCUCGCCGAUGGCUUCGACUACAACGCAUACACCACUAUGAAAGACGCCCUCUCCGAACGAGGCGCCUUCGUCUUCACGAUCGGCGCCCAGCGCAAGGGCGUCACCUCCGAGUCCGGGCAGACGGUCGUCCCGGAUCAUUUCUUCACGGGCAUGCGCUCAACACUCUUCGAUGCCACAUUCAUCCCGGGCGGCAAGCACGUCGCGGACGGGCUUGCGAAGAACGGCGUGGCCAAGUUUUGGGUUACCGAGUCCUUUGCUCAUCUCAAGCCUAUUGCUGGUAUGAAUGAGGCUGUGCCUUUCAUUAAGAAGCAGAUUGGCUUGGACGAAGUUGAGGUCGCAUCGCCUGGUACUUUGUCUGCGGAGUCUUAUGGUGUUGUAACUGGAUAUGGGGAUGCACCUUCCACGUUGAAGGUGGGCAGUGUUGGACCCGAUUCGAAGGGGUUGGCGGAGAAGUUCAUCUGGCAUAUCUCGCGUCACCGUAAUUGGCAGCGAGAGCUUGAUGGGUUGUCUGACCAGAUUGCGGCUUAA